AAACAGUGUUCCACGUAUAUUCUUCUAAUUGUCAUUAUGGCGUCAUUAACAAUCGUUGUCUUGACAAUCGCCAUCAGCCGUAUUGUUUACAGAUAUAGAUGGAAACUAAGAUUUAUGUAUUAUAUAGCAAGAGAAAAUUAUAAAAUCAAUGUUCAUAGGCCAGAUGCUUUAUCUAAUGACCCAUACCAUUUUGAUGCAUUUGUAUCUUAUGCCGAUGAAGACAGAACAUUCGUCAUCAGUCUUGUUAAGCACUUGGAAAAGGAAUUCAAUCUUAGGCUGUGUAUACAUCAUCGAGAUUUCAUCCCGGGGACAGGAAUAGCAGAAAAUAUUACCAAUGCCAUUCAUAAUAGCAGGAAGACCUUUUGUAUUAUAACUUCACAUUUCUUAGAUUCGUACUGGUGUAUGUUUGAACUCAACAUGGCACGUAUGGACGCCAUUUAUUCCAGAAAUGGAGAAAAUGUUUUGUUUUUGGUUGCGUUAGAGGAAGAUACAAUGAAAAAACUGUCAUUUUCAUUCAUGGAUUUGAUUGAAUCAAAAUCGUACAUAGAAUUCCCAGAGGGUGGGGACGACGAGGAAGUAACAGCCUUUAGAUCCAAACUGGCAGAUACACUCAGACAAUCGGUUUAG